CACUGUAACCAUGCUGAAGGUAGUAUUUGUGCUUGGAUGCCUCCUGAGCUUCGCUCUGGCUCAUCCUACGGACAUGGAGCACAAAAAACAUGCUCGGCCACACUCUGGCUCACAUUCCAAUGAGCGUAUACACCGGCCACCUACGGUGACUAUCCCACAGUGGGCCAAGGACUUACUUACCCACCGCCAACAAACUACUACUGCAGCACCUGCUACUACUACUACUGCAGCACCUGCUACUACUACUGCAGCACCUGCUACUACUACUGCAGCACCUGCUACUACUACUGCAGCACCUGCUACUACUACUGCAGCACCUGCUACUACUACUACUGCAGCACCUGCUACUACUACUACUGCAGCACCUGCUACUACUACUGCAGCACCUGCUACUACUACAAAAUAAAAUCUGGAAUAUAACCAGAGAUCAAUAAGUGAAUCUAAACCUGUAUCGGACGGCAUAGAAAUUUGAAAUCAGCUUUGUUUUGUGUCAGCUUUUCACGACAACUGUUUCUUUCUCUUUUCAAAUUUAAAUAAUGUUGUCUUAUAGCAAUUAAACAUGUGGAUCAAAAUCACUUUAUUCUCUGUAGUAGCUGACAAUAAACUUCAUAAACGGAAAACCUGGCCCAAAUAUGUUUAUUUUUCUUGCAAUCCAUAUGUAUGAGGAACAUUAAUGAAGCUGUGUAAAUAGUUGUGUAUCAUAGAACAUUUUUGAUGUUCAUGCAAGACUUAUAACUAAUCCUGUACCUGUUGGGAAACAGUGAAGUGGUGUUCACUGGACAUGAUUCAUGUACAGCUUUAUGUUGUUUGUGCAUGC